CUUGAACUGCUGCGUGGUCCUGCUCGUCGCACAACACCUCUUCUCGUGUCACAACACAUCACAACACAACACGAUACAGCAACCUCCUCCAAGCCCGCAGCACGUCACUGGCACCCCAGCACACCAGCACGAUGAGCGUGAUUGCUGUUCAUCAUCCAGCGAUGGAUGAGCACGAUCCACCGCAUGCGCCACGCAUGAGCGAGAUCCGGCUGCGCGGUGAAGCCAUUCGCACCAUGCUGCAAGAGAACACGGACGUCUUCGCGCUGCGGGAGGCCAAGGACUUGGGCGAGAAGGUGAUCCUGCGCACACACUCACAAGACCUGUACGACGUGCUGCGUGUCGCAUACGACCGCUUCCAGCGGCAAACGCAGACCACGGACGAGCCCCUCAUCGUGGACACAUUUGCUGUGGGGCGCAUGCGCACGGAAGGGCUCAAGCACGUGAGGGAGAUCCUCGAGAACGAGGACGCCGACAUCGCCCAUGCACUGGGCAUGUUCGUGUCGGACGCCACAUCGCCAAUGACCAAGGGCACCUUCAAGGCGGCGUACUGGGCUGCUCAGUGUGCGGCACAUGCCGUUGAGGUCGUGCUUGAGGAGGCGCAGCACCGUAUCGCCUAUGCCCUGUGCCGUCCACCUGGUCACCAUGCCAGCCGCGACAUUGCUGGUGGCUUCUGCUUUUUCAACAACGUGGCCGUGGCUGCCGAGCAAGCUCUGGCCAAGGGCAAGCGCCCAGCGAUCCUUGAUGUCGACUUCCAUCACGGCAAUGGCACACAGGACAUCUUCUAUGCCCGCAGCGAUGUGCUGUUUGUUUCCCUGCAUUGUGAUCCUCGCUUUGAGUACCCCUUCUGGGCUGGUUUCAGCACGGAGCACGGCGAAGGUGAAGGCGAGGGUUACAACCUGAAUGUGCCGCUUCCGCCUGGCACGACCGGUGAAGAGUUUAAUGGCGAGCUCGAGAAGCAGGCCCUGCCGCGCAUCGCAGAGUUUAAGCCAGAUGUGCUGCUCAUCUCUCUCGGCACAGACACCGCCCGCGCAGACCCAGAGGGCCAGUUCCUGCUGGACACGGCCGACUUCCACCAGAUGGGAGCCAAGAUCAGCGCUGCCUUUGCCACCACCCCGAUUGUUGUCGUGCAGGAGGGUGGCUACUCGGUUGCGGGCGAGAACAACGUGCUCUCAGUCAAUGUGAAGGCCUUCAUGUAUGGUCUCCAAGGCAUCGCCCUGGCUUGAAGCGAUGCGUGGAUGUGAGGUGGAUGAUCCACACUGCCCACGACAUUGUGGUUACACGAGACGCGCCCGUGUGUUGUGUCCCAAGAUGCUUUCGUCUCAAUAGGGGGCGGGCAGGCACUCUGUUACUUGCUUGUUGCAUGUGUUCUGUUUGGAUGGGUGUGCGUGGUUUGUGUCGUGUCAGUGGAUCAUUGGAGGAUGGCAGCAACAACAGCCACAUAAAACCUCAACGCCGCAA